AUGACACCAGCCAAGGUUCCUGUUAUCAUUACAUUCAGCAAAGACGGUGUUCAACCACCCCUGUACAUAGCAGGUACAUAUUCAGACCCUCCGUGGCAACUCGAGGAAAUGGAGGUCUCUGUCGGUGAAGAUGGCAAGCAUCUAUUCAAGAAACGACUUCUCUCCAGUCCAGGCGCAGAGAUUCAUUACAAGUUCAAAAUGGCCCAUGGAGAUUGGUUUCUAGAUGACAAGUCGGAGUCCGUUGUCGAUUAUAAGGGCUUUCGCAACAACUCCCUCAAUGUCCCACGAGUACCCACCAUCACCCAGCAGUCGCCGUCUUCAGCUACACCUAAGAGAUCGUCCGACGGCGUUGGCCAUGGUGCAUCUUCGGACUGGCUCAACGUCGAUCCCUUCGUAAGGAGGUCCAAAGGCAAGUCAAACAGCCAGGACUGGGACGCACCACAGGACCGCAUCCCAUUAUUUGCACACGAGUGCCUUGUGCCAGAUGAUCAGAGCCUUGCGAGCGGAAGCGGCGUCUACUCGCACACAAGCCCGCGCCAAACUUCGCAGGUCGGUUUCGACCACGAGCCGGACACGUACGAAUUGGCAGAUCCGGCCCUGGAGAAGUUCCCAUCGCGCCUUGACGAGAUUAGCGAGCUCAUCCACAAGGUCGAGGAGGACUUGGAGGAAGACGAGACCGAGAUAGAGGGCGUGCCCCCGUCUGCCGUCCUCGGCCUGCCAAGAAGUAGGACCAAUGAUAUCGUCGGCGAGUUUGUGAGCGGAUCACCCGCCGCUGGCCCCGUCACUACUCGCUCGUCACGGCGAUUGGAUACGAUUCCCAGAAGCUCGGGUCACUCCGACGUAUCCGUUUCCCUGCUCUCAAUUGCUGAGGGUGUCGAAGAGGAUGGGGAAGAGAGGCUGACAAGUCCAGUGGUCCUCCCACCCAGCCCUGGAUGGCGAGCAAAAGGUCACGGUCUACAUCCCUGGAGCGAGGAUGAUGAAGCGGUCGUCAUGAGUGACCCCACCGGCAGAGGCCCUAACCGCGGUGCCCGUAAGACUUUCUUCCCUGACGGCACCCUCCCGAGCCCUGGGAUGGGUGAGAGUGCAGCCUCGCCCUGCCUCGACUCGACAGAGGUCAAGAUUCUAGCGAGUGCCAAAGCCGCAUCCGAUGGGGCCAGCAGCAGCCACAAUGCCGCUUUGAGUCAGCGCGUACAACAACAUGUCGCAGCGGCAGAGACGGCUUAG